AUGGCUGCUCGCGAAGCUGCUUGCGAAGUCGCCCGGGAGGCUGCUGAGGAUGCUGCGCGUGCACGUGGUCCUGGACUGACAGUAGUCGCUGCAGUCAGAUACACUGACGGGCCUGGCACCCUUGGGGAGCGCAUCGGCGAGGCACUCAAUGCCAUCAGAGAAGCUGGUGGACACAUUGUCCGGCUCGACUUUGGCUCGUCGACCGUUCAGUACUACAAGGUCAACACUGACAGCCCCGUUGACAUCACCACGGGCGAUUGGGAUGAUUUCAAGCGCAUCAAACCGCCUGCAUCGGCUGCGGCUGCCGACGUGAGUGAAGACACGGAGUGA